CUCAGAAUGCCAGAGGAAAGUUCUCUCAGGCGGACCCCACAGAGCGUUCCAUACCGGGACCUCCCUCACCUGGUCAACGCUGACGGACAGUACCUCUUCUGCAGGUACUGGAAACCCACGGGCACACCCAAGGCCCUUGUCUUUGUGUCCCACGGAGCCGGGGAACACUGCGGCCGCUAUGAUGAGCUGGCUCAGAUGCUGGUGGGGCUGCAGCUGCUGGUGUUCGCCCACGACCACGUUGGCCACGGACAGAGCGAAGGGGAGAGGAUGGUAGUGUCUGACUUCCACGUUUUCGUCAGGGACGUGCUACAGCACGUGGAUAUGGUGCAGAAAGACUACCCGGAGCUUCCUGUCUUCCUUCUGGGCCACUCCAUGGGAGGUGCUAUCGCCAUCCUCACGGCAGCAGAGAGGCCAGGCCACUUCGCUGGCAUGGUUCUGAUUUCGCCUUUGGUUCUUGCCAGUCCUGAGUCUGCAACAACUUUCAAGGUCUUUGCUGCGAAAGUUCUCAACUUUGUCCUGCCAAACAUGUCCCUGGGCCCGAUCGAUACCAGCAUGCUCUCUCGGAAUAAGACAGAGGUUGACAUUUAUAACGCGGACCCCCUCAUCUGCCGGGCGGGACUGAAAGUGUGCUUCGGCAUCCAGCUCCUCAAUGCCGUCUCGCGGGUAGAGCGGGCCCUCCCCAAGCUGACCUUGCCCUUCCUGCUGCUCCAGGGCUCUGCUGACCGCCUGUGCGACAGCAAAGGGGCCUACCUGCUCAUGGAGUCCUCCAAGAGCCAGGACAAGACACUUAAGAUUUACGAAGGUGCCUACCACGUUCUCCACAAAGAGCUUCCUGAAGUAACCAACUCCGUCUUCCGUGAAAUAAACAUGUGGGUCUCUCAAAGGACCGUGGCGGCAGGGAGGGGGUCCCCGCCCUGAGUGCCCUGGCCCAGCAGCCAUCCACGGUCAGGGAAGCAGGGAGAGGAAGGGCAGAAGCUAGCUUC